UUCCUAGCGUUAAAGUUAUCUUAAAAUUUUGUUUCUCACAUUGAAAUUUAUUCAAGAAUUCUUAAUUUAAUCGCAUUGUUUAUUUUUCAAUUAUUUCUAUUGCAAUAAAACGAAGUUCUUGAAAGUCAAUUCAAAUUUGGCUUUUUCUAAAUAAAAACUUUCAAAUAUAGACGAUAAUAGAUAUAAAACAGGUUAGGAAACAUUACACUUUAAUAUCCAUUGAAACAGAAGACUUUACAGCAAUAAAUCUGUCCAAAUUGUGACCAAUUAUGAUUAUAGUUAAAUAAUGAUAUGACCACAUGAUAGAAUAAGAAAACUGACGAGAAGAUAGGAAUAAUGUCCAUGAGGAACGCAAAAGAAUUCUUUGUUCUAUCAAUAGGAUAAAAGUUGCAAGAGUGACUUGGGCAAAUCUUUUAUAAGAAAUGGGAUCUUCUCAUAGCGUGGAAAUACCUGGAGGCGGUACGGAAGGUUAUCACGUAUUAAGAGUUCAAGAUGAUUCUCCUGGACAAAAAGCUGGUUUGGAAGCAUUUUUUGACUUUAUUGUCUCCAUUGGAAAUACUCGCUUGGAUCAGGAUAGUCAUAUUUUAAAGGAUCUUCUUAAAGCUAAUGUAGAUAAAGAAGUUACCAUCACCGUAUAUAGUAGUAAAACACAAUCUGUACGUCAAACCGUUAUUGUACCUAAUAUGACAUGGGGUGGACAAGGAUUCCUUGGUGUUAGCGUACGGUUUUGCUCAUUUGAAGGUGCCAAUGAAAACGUUUGGCAUGUACUUGAAGUACAUCCUUCUUCUCCUGCAGAACUAGCUGGUUUACAUCCCUUUACAGAUUAUAUCAUUGGAGCUGAUUCUGUUUUACACGAGAGUGAAGAUUUAUUUACUCUGAUAGAAGCUCACGAGUCUCGGCCAUUGAAGCUAUAUGUGUACAAUACAAUGGAUGACUCUUGUAGAGAAGUUACUAUUACACCAAAUAAUACAUGGGGAGGUGAAGGAAGUCUAGGAUGUGGAAUUGGAUAUGGAUAUUUGCAUAGAAUACCUAUCAGAAAUAUUCCAGAGAACAAACCACGUACUUCAUCGUACAUGACUAAUAUAAAAACUACUGUUCCCAGUCAAGUGCAAACAAGCGCGACUGCUGCAGUUACAAACAUACCACCUGGAUUUUCAAUUCCAUCAAAUUAUAUUCCAACUACUAUUGACAAUACUAGCAAAAAUGAAACUAUAAUUACGUCGCAGGUAACACCCUAUCCCAAUUUAUCGCAAAUAAGUCCUGUCGAUGCUGGAGCUACUACAAUUAAUUCAACGAUUCAUCCUUCUUCUAAUCAACCUAUUGUUACUACUUCACCUAGUGCUGAAAUUACCAAUUAUAAAGAUAGUCCAAACAUUCCUGGUAUGCCAACCACUCCACCUAUUUCAUCAUUUUCUAUGGAAGGAAAUAUUCCAGUAGGAUUAACAACUACGCCACAUGUGAUUACAAUGCAGAGUUAUAAUUUACCGGGUGUUCAAACUACUUCUUCUUCACUACCUUUUAAUGUGCCUCAAUCCCAACUUGUGACAACACCUAUUUCAUUACCUGGAAUGCCACCGAUUACCGUUAAUGCAACUCUCCCACAAAAUCCUUCUUUCUAUUCUUCUGUUCUUCAUCAAAAUCAAUUACCUACUACUACUCCAUCUUCACCUACAUCGUUGACGACACAGUAACAGUUAUUUCUGAUGCUUCAAAUACAAUCUUUUUCUGCCCUUUGAUAAAAUAUUCUAUAUGUAGGUAAAAUAAAAUAGAACAUAUAAGCAAUUUUGAAUCAUUGCAUUACCUAUUUGUAUGCGAAUAUAGAUUAUUAAUGUGACAAAGAUUGUAUCUUUGAUAAGGAUUAUUAUGUAUCUCAAAUGUCACAACGUGGUAUAUAUGAGAUAUGUAAUAUUGUACAUAAACAUUAACUUAACGAAAUUUUUAAGGAAUGUGUUUAAAUAAAUUAAAGAAAUUGAUCGCAUAGAAGUAUUUCACGCGGAGGAUAGUUAUACAUUUUUAUUUAUAAAAAUAUAUUUUCUCUCUCUCUCUCUCUCUCUCUCUCUCUCUCUCUCUCUCUCUCUCUCUCAUAUAUAUAUAUAUAUAUAUAUCGAUUUUAUAUAUGUAUAUAUAUAAAAUCUAAACACUUGCUUGUCGCUUCAAAAAUAAAUACAAUUUUCAUAAACUGAUAAAGCAUGUAAUACCAAUAUUUUUACAUACUAGAGAUUAUUGUUACUUUUAUUAGUUGACGAUGAAAAUAUAAUUACUUUUAUCCAA